GCCUAGAAGGUAAAAUGCAUAUUUCAUGCAUAAUCUGACCAUAAAAAUGUGAUGAUGGCUUUUGUGAGGCAGCAAUAAUUCAUUUUUCCAAUUUGAAUGGAAACCUGCGGGAAGAUGAGAUGCAGCUAGAAAAGAGAAAUAUCUGGAUAAUUCACUUUUAUUACUAUUGCUGCCUAUUAAUUCGAGUACCUAAUAUAUGGCUGGCUAUAAGGUCACAGCUCAUCUUUGCUGCUGCUCAACUGCUUCUCUUCUUCUCCAUCCAUCAACACCACAUCCUCACUACCGCAACCAAAAAUUCAUAGUUCUUGCAAAUUAGCUUGCGCAUUCAAAGACUCCAUUGCAAAGAAGUAUUUUGCCCAAGAUCAAUUACUUUAUCUAGUACAAGGUAAGAUUUCCAUCUGGAACCUGAAUAUCUUCUAAAGUCCUGGUGGUCGAUCUAUGAGCUGACGUGAAGGUAGAUUCAGCAAUCGCAAAGAUGACGGCUCUUACUUUGACUGCGAAGGAGACCGAAAUGCUUGUUGCUGUCAUGUCUGAGAUGGGCGAGAUUCCUAAUACUGUGAGUACCUUCUUUACUUUUCUCAUCUCCCAAGGUGGUGCGGGAGCCCUCUUCGGUCAAGCUUUCACUUCAAUCGAUCUGGAAUAUUGAACCUACUGUUUGGAACCUUAUAUAUUUGAAAUAAAUAUUUUGGCUUUGGAGACCUCUUGAUAAGGAUUGGUAUCUCUCAUCUGACGUCGUCUCCUCCAAUACAAGAACGUCGCUGUCUCUUUAAUAUACCAACUACAUCUGAGCAACAUACUAACGGUCUAAAUCAAUAGAUCAACUUCGAACGUGUCGCCAGUCGGGUUGAGGUCAAGUAUGCUAGAAAUGCGCGUUCAAGCUUCAAGAAAUUAUUUGAUAAAUUGAAGGUAUGAUAUUCCCUCGACAAAGCCCGAUUUAUACUCGGUCACGCAUUAGAAUAACACCAACUCAUCGCACAUAGUCUCAAGCAGGACCUGCUCCGGAUGGCGAAAAUGACAGUACCCCGCCUAAGACUCCAAGCCCCACCAAGAAAGCUUCUCCAAAGAAGAAGGUUGGCCCGAACAACACUCCCGUCAAAGCCACUCCUAAAUCCAGGGGAAAGAAAGCUGGAGCCAAGAAGGAAGUCAAGGAAGAAGUGUUUGACAGUGAUGAGCAGUUGGAAGAACCAAUUUUGGACGACGAAGAUGGCAAGUCAUCAAACCAUAUUUCUUCUCUAGCAGCCAAAGAUACUGGAAACAACACCAGAGCUAGCCACUCUACUGGAUCUUCUGAAAGUGUUCAGACAUCAGAUGAAGAUACUAGGAUGUCUGUCGUCGAAGUGCAAAAUUCAAUGUCUGCUUCACCCGGGGAUAAUACAGAUGAUGAAGAAUUUGACCCUGAAGAACAGAUUCAGGCCGAUCAGUUUGGCAUGAGUGUUCCUGCUUAUCGGGAGUGGCAAGCUCUUAACGUUUACACCGUUCACGACAACUUCCUGGAUGAUAUCUGAAAUGGAUGUUUCUUUCAAGCAAAGCUUAGGCUCCGUCUUUAUUUUCUUCUAAUUUCUCUCCUUGUGGAUCUUUGCAAUGCUUCUUUCUAGGUUUCUCGUCUUCAAAACGUGCAUUUAUUUGCACAUCCUUUAUUUGCAUCCACCCUUGCUAAUUGUAACCACUUCGGCAGAGGAUUCUUUUUAAAUUCAAUUCUUUCUACUUCUCCAUUUGACUCGCUAUUUUCAGAUGGAGGGAUGAAUAAGCUUAGAUGGAUGUCAUUUGAUUUGUUCGCAGGUUGGUUGUGGUAUUGAGCAUGACAGAUUGUUUCCCCUCGCUACGAUUGUAUUAUGAGAGAAAAAUGGGUUUUCAGGAUUACGAUAAGGAGGUUAUGAUGGAUACUAUAUGGAUGUUGCGGGAGAAGGUCUAAUGCAUGAUCAGUGACGAUAGCCAUGGUACUUUCAUAGUUUGCUUUUUAAUGCAAUCUCCCAUAACCAAAAUAUCAAUU